AUGGGUAUUCUGGACUAUGAUAUACCUUUUCCGAACGGCGCCAAAGAUAAUGGAUCUUUCAAGGGAUAUCGAUGGCUAGGUAGUACGUUUAGGCUGCUGAACGUGUCAAAGGAACCUUACUACACACGACAAAUUGUGGUACCACUACACGUCGACAGAAUUCAGCAAUUCUGGCAUCCUUUCAAGAUAGUGCGGUGUGAAAAUUUUGAACCGAUGACAGUUAUUGAUAGAAGGACGAACGAGAAAGGAUAUAACUUUUUGUGCUAUGAGCUGAUCGACCAAGCUACUCAAGAAAGGUUUGCAGGGAAGGUUGUCCCUAAAUCAGCUCUUGUGAAAUCUUCUCAGAAAGAGAAGAUGCAACAGGAAAUAUGUAUUCACAGGACACUAAAGCAUGAGAACGUUGUUGGGUUUCAUGGCUAUUUUGAAGACGUCGAUUUUAUCUAUAUUGUCUUGGAGUUGUGUAAUAGACGGUCACUCUUGGAACUGCACAAACGGCGACGCUUCCUUUCUGAACCAGAAGCCCGAUAUUUUAUGAGGCAAAUCAUCAACGGGUGUCAGUACCUUCACAGGAAUAAAGUUAUGCAUCGAGAUCUCAAACUUGCCAAUCUUUUCCUUAAUGAUGACUUAGUCAUCAAGAUUGGUGACUUCGGGCUGGCCUCCCGAAUCGUCAACGAAGGAGAGAAAAAAAGGACGCUAUGUGGCACACCCAACUACAUCGCUCCUGAAGUACUUACUAAGGGGGGACAUAGCUUCGAAGUGGAUUGCUGGUCCUUGGGUUGUAUAUUGUACACUUUGCUUGUUGGCAACCCACCAUUCGAAACAAACAAGCUCGAGGAAACCUACGCUCGGAUAAAAAUGAACGAAUAUAAGAUACCGAUCCGUGUUUCUGCGUCUGCCUCGAAAUUCAUACGUGCACUCCUGAAUAAGGACCCGUCCAAAAGGCCAAGCAUGUUCACUAUGCUGGAAGACGAUUUCUUCAAAGAAUACACACCGACUUCCCUUCCAGUUAGCGCUUUGACAACGUGCCCACGGUUCGAUUCGAUUGUUACUCCUCAGAUCGGGCGCCGCCCGCUUUCUGAUAUUAAUCCCUUAGAGGAUAUUCCUAUUACACAUGGCGGCGGCACGGUCGUCAAAAGCACUGCAUCUAUUGAUAAUCAGCCCGGAGACUGCUGGCUUGAGAAACUGAAGCAAGAACUUAAUUUACUAAUGACCGAAGCCAAAAUUCUGAGGGACAAUACUGUGAAAGCCAUGGAAGAUAGUGAAGAUCCGGCCUGUUGCCCCAUAUACUGGGUCAGCAAGUGGGUUGACUAUUCAGACAAAUACGGACUGGGAUAUCAACUUUGUGAUAACUCAAGCGGGGUUGUUUUCAAUGAUGUCACCCGCCUGAUAUUAGCCGCCAACCUGCAAAAUUUACAGUAUAUAGAUCAAGAUGGAACGGAAAGCUUCUUUACCAUGACAACACAUCCUCCCGUUCUCGAAAAGAAGAUCACUCUGUUGAAUUACUUCAAGUCUUACAUGCAGGAAAAUCUCCUUAAAGCAGGCGAAAACGUUGCUCGUCGUGACUCGGAUGACUUGGCGCGACUGCCCUUUCUACGUCGGUGGUUCCGUACCCGUUCCGCUAUGGUUUUACACCUGAGCAAUGGCACACUCCAGAUCAAUUUCUUCGAGGAUCAUGCGAAAAUCAUUCUCUGUCCCCUGAUGCGUGCCGUGACGUAUAUUGACUCGAAUCGUGAUUUUAAGACCUACCAAUUCCAAAUGCUUCAAACCGGUGGUAUAAUUCAAGAUCUCCUCAAGCGAUUGGAGUACGCUAAGACCAUGAUUGACACUUUGACCGCAUCCCUACCGCAGGGUGGUCCGUCCUCCACAAAGUCUGCGCCGAACGAUGGGAAUGCUAAGCCUAAUGCACCAAUCCAGUCUGCUGUUCGAAAAACGACGGCCACAGCAACAGGCCCCCCAGCUCCGGCUACGGGGAAGCUGACUAAGUGAUGUGGUACUCCGAUCCUGCGUUACCCUCUCCGAUCAUUGUGCUCCUGAGUUUUUAGCAUCAUUUAACUUUCAAAGAAAGAAAAAAAAACUGCAGACUUUCCAAACUUCAGAUCACGGUGACCACAAAUGACAAUAUCUGGGACUUGUGUACACCGUUCCUCGCGCAUUUUGUCUGCCGUAUUAGGGAGAAAUCAAUCCUUAUUUUUUGUUUGGAAUCAGAACUUUCCCGCACACUCUUUGUCCCCAAAGCACCAGAUUCUCGUGAAUCGAUAUUUUGCUUCCAACCUUGUACAACCCAGACAAUGAUUCGCAUCGAGUCUAUUGGCGUCUUCCUUCCCAACCUAGUGCGUUGGUAUCCAGUGUUGUCCUUUGUAGCACCAACGUAUCGGCUUUCGUAACUGUCUCGUCUUCUGAUUGACACUGGGAAAUUGAAGUAAUUUUUCCAUUACUUUUCCCUUUACUUUUGGAAUAAGAGGACAGAUUUAGGAUGUCUGAGGCCUCUAUCUAUUUAGAAUUGUUCUUGAACUGGUUGAUGUGGGCCACGAAAAUGAGACAAGUGGCAUUUUGCUAUCGGCAG